UCCAAAAUUAUCCACCUACAUCCACGGGAGAAGAGGACCCUUCACUGGAGAUGAUGCAUGCGUCGGAGCAAAUUUUCUAGACCAGCAACUUACCCUUUCCUCUCCUCGCCUGGCACUCACAGCCUUCGCUGGAGAAAUCCCUCGCCUAACCGUCCCAACUUCAACCUUCCCUUCCCUCCACCGCCUCCUCCUUCUCGUUCGCUUCCUUUGGACUCCCUCCUUCAACACCUCGCCAAGGAGACCGCCACCACCCUUCGCCCUCCGUCGAGCAAUAAAAAUCCCACCUUUCCCUCUUUGCGCCUUGCUGCGACCUCGCCCCAUCGCGAGAAAUUGCCUCCUGCGCAGGGCACACGGCUCGCUGGCGUGAAAGGUGGCGCUCGAUUUCUGCAAGAUCCUCGUCUGGGGUUCCUCUCGGCCGCAGGCAAGUCGUUACUAAGAUCCCUCGUCGAAUGGCCGCUCGUUGACUUUGUCACUCUGCUUGAAGCCAGGAAAGAUGAGAUUUUUGGCAUGGAUUGGGUUGGCCUCUUGAAGGUGGUCGAAAUUCUAGGCAAUUGGGAGAAAGCUCUCACGUUGUUUGAAUGGGAUGCAUCCACCUCCCGUGCUGAAGGAUCCAGAUUAGAUGUCCCAGCUAUCGAGGUGAUGAUCAAGGUUUCGUUGAUAGAGUCUACACGUUGGAAGAGCAAACCUAACAAUCUUAGUUGAGAAAAGUGCUUCACACCUAAUUCCCAAUGCGGUCGCUCGUCUCCGGUUUAGCGGAAGGGAAGCGAAAAAGCCGAAAGCCGAAAGCCGAAAGCCGAAAGGCCAGUCCAAGAGUGGGGAAGCUAGUCGUCUGAUGCUGUUCUCAAGAGAAGACGGGAGAGGCCGACGAGUGCGUGGGAUGAAGGAUCGGAAGAUAAACUUACUGAGAUGAGAGACUUGCAGUUGGCCAGCGUCGUCCGACGAGAGGCUGGGAGAUUGGAGAUACCUUCCACCGUCCGGUGCCGGAGAAUAGGAGUGUCAAAAAUGAAUCCGACCCGGUGAUCCAAUCCGAGUCGAUCCGAAAAAAAUUAGGUUCGGAUUGAGUAUUUUCGGAUUCGGGUUGGAGGGUUGGAGAGUUAAAAAUUUUAGAGUUUGGUCAAGUUGGGUUCGGAUUGACCCGGGUUGACUUAAAUAUAAGGUUUUAUGGA